ACGAGGCGCAUGACGUAUAGUGCUGAUCAAACAAAAUGGCGGAGGAGACGAGCGAGAAGCUGAGGCUCACUGUCAAGACGACGAAAGAGAAGAUCGAAGUAGAAGUUCCCGCGGACGCUACCGCCAAACAGCUGAAGGAACACCUGUCAGAAAAGAAAGGUAACCUCCCAGUCGCCCAGCUGUGCCUCAUAUUCGCUGGACGGAUCCUCAAAGACGAGGAGACACUGGAGAGCCAAGGAGUGAAGUCUGGAGUUACUGUUCAUGUAGUAGUGAGGUCUGGUGGCCAAUCGCAAACUCAGCAGGACUCUAAUUCAGCAUCGUCCAGUUCUCCUGCCAGUGGUGGUGGAGGAGGGGCAGAGACCGGUUCCACUGGAAUGGGAAUGGGACUGGGGACGGGAGGAGGGGAUUUCCAGAGUCAGAUGAUGCAGGCCCAGCAGCAGCUGAUGAGUAACCCGGAGCUAAUGUCGCAGCUGAUGGAGAGCCCUCUGAUGCAGAGUCUGCUGGCCAACCCUGACACUCUGCAGUCCAUGCUCACCUCAAACCCUCAGAUACAGCAGCUCAUGGAGAGGAACCCAGAGCUGACUCACGUGCUGCACAAUCCAGAGCUGAUGCGGCAGGCAAUGGAGAUGGCCCGCAACCCAGCAGCCAUGAGGGAGAUGAUGAGGUCCCAGGACAGACAGCUUUCCAAUAUUGAGAGUAUUCCCGGAGGGUUCAAUGCUCUAGCCAGAAUGUACCAUGAGAUCCAGGAACCCAUGAUGGACGCUGCACAGGAAUCUAUCCAGCAACAGAUGCAAAACAACCCGUUCUCUGCUCUCUUCAGUCAGCAACAAAGUACCCCUAGUCCGGGCCCGUCAGUUCCCCAGGGAACUCCAAAUACUGCCCCCCUUCCAAACCCCUGGGCCAGUGGUGCCACCUCUUCUGCCCCCAGAACGACAGGGACUUCCUCGUCACGGACUGUUUCCACGACGACCACCACCACAGCUUCCAGUGCCAGUGGGUCUGGAGGGGGCGUGGCUUCUCAGUCUGGACUAGGGCUUCAGCAACAGAUGAUGCAGCAAGCCAUGAGUAACCCUGAAAUGAUGAGUCAGCUAAUGCAGCUGCAGAGUCAGAUGCAACAGCAGAACCAGGGAGGAGGUGGAGGUCUCGGCAUGCCUGAUCCUCAGACAAUGGCCACUCUAAUGCAGAACCCAAUGUACCAGCAGAUGAUGCAACAGGUCAUGAGUAAUCCUCAGCUAAUGGAACAGAUGUUUCGGAGUCAUCCAAUGUUUGCCAACAACCCACAGGCUGCUGAGAUGGCUCGGCAGUCAGCCCAAAUGAUGCAGAGGGAAGAGUUUCGUGAGCUGGUGAGCAACCCGGAGGCGAUGAGCGCCAUGAUGCAGAUCCAGCAGGGAAUGAUGCGACUGCAGGCCACUAAUCCCUUGUUACUCAACCAGCAGAAUGGGUCGACGGCUCCGCCCCCUCCCUCUUCCUCUGACCAGGCAACCGGCGGUGUCACUCCAGACAUGCUCCAGCAGAUAUUGUCCCAAAUAACGCCUACCACCACAUCUACCGCGGCUCCUCAGUCGUCGCCCCAGCAACCAGCGGAGCCCUCAGGAAUGCAGUCGUCUCCUCUAACUCAGCAGCAACAGGCAGAGGUGUUGUACCGCUCACAGCUGGAGCAACUGGCCAACAUGGGCUUCUCUGACCGACAGAGGAACAUCACUGCUCUAAUAGAGACAGGAGGAGAUCUGAAUGCCGCUGUCAACAGGCUGAUUCAGUAGCCCCCCUCAGCCAGCCUAUAUAUAGUGUGACUUAAUGGUUAAUAGUUCCGUAAUGAAAAUAGCAUGUCGAGUCAUUCUCUCACUUGAACCUGACAUCAUUGUGACAUCAUUGUCUAUAUUAUAAUGCCAGCUGCUCAGUAUUGUCUGUGUGUGUGGACAUGAUUUAUUUGUUGUUUCAUACAAUGGUUGGAUCUCUAGGGGGACUAAUUUCUGGUCCCCUGUGGUUCGUGGGGGAGUCGGCAAGAGUGAAAUGAGGAGGUGGGUGUGGCUGGGUGGGCGUGGCAGGGGAGGCGGAGCCCCGGUCUGAGGUGAGGUCCUCGAUACUGACACUGAGUUGACUCAGAACCUCCUCCAGGUCUUUGGUUGCCUCGUCCGUCACCUGUUUUAGUUUGUCCCUCGUUUCCCCUUCCUCAUCUUCUCCGUCCUCUUCCCCGGCCACUGUUCUUGAUGUCAUCUGGCUGUAGAUAGCCAUUGCCUGCAAAGAACACCCAUUACCGGGAGGGCACUAAAUAGAACCCAGUCGGUACAAUACCUGAGCCACCAUUGAGCCAACAUCUCCAGUCUUCUCUGGUAGAAGAAGAGUGUUCCCAGUCUUAGCCAGCUUCCCAAAGGCCUGUACAUACUGCUCUGCCACUGCCAGUGACGCUGCACUUGACCCAUGCUUUGCACCCAGAGCCUUCCCGAGUGUGAGGAGAGCACUGGCCCGUGCGGUGGCUCGAGCCAAGAUGGCGGAUGCCUCUCCUUUUGCCUGGUUCACCUGCUCGAUCCGCACAGCCUCAGAGGUGAGGAUCUUACUCUGCCUCAGACCUUCAGCUCUGUUCACUGCUGACUCUCUCAUCCCCUCUGACUCAAGGAUGUUGGCUCUCUUUUUCCUCUCUGCCUCGACCUGCAUCUGCAUGGCCUCCUUCACCUUGGUGGGCAGCUGUAUGUCUCUGAUCUCAUACCUCAGACAACGCAGCCCCCACGCCUCCGCCGCAUAAUUUAUGGCAUCAACAAUCAUGUGGUUGAGGUUCAUUCUCUCCUGAAACACAGAAUCUAACUUUAUCUUCCCU